AAUGGCAGGAGGGGGCGGCGCCCCCUGGCGGGCGGGCGGGCGCCUCCCGCUGCUCGUGGCGCUGCUGGUGCUGCUGGCGGCGGCGGCGGGCGAGGAGAUCAACGCCGAGAAAUUAAAACGUUAAGCCGUUUUUGAAAAAUGAAAGUGAUGGGAAAAGAAUUGCGAUAUGAAAAGGAUUGGAGAACCUGGAGAAGAAGACUUGGAAAAGAAAAAAGACGUGGAAGAGGAAUAGGAUCUGGAAAAGGGAAAAGCCUUGGAAGAGGAAUAAGACUUGGAAAAAGAAUUGGAAGGAAUUUAGAAAAAAAAAAGCUUUAAAGGUUAAAAGGAAACUCCCCCCUAAUUUGGAAAAUAAAAACGAAGAAUAAGAGGAAAAAAGAAAGUUACAAAAGAGUAAUAAUAAAGAUAAAAAUAAAAUGCAAUUAAAGCAGACAAGAGGAGGCGGAGGCUGGGGCAGGAAGGAAGAGCUCUGGCACGCCCCAGCACCCUCCUGCCCCCUGCCCUGGGGCUGCAGCCCCACAGGACAGAAGCCCCUUUGUGACUGCAGGCCGGGCUGGGGGUCCCAGGCGUCACAUCCCUCAGCAGCUCCCAGGGGAUGCCUCUGGAGGAGGAUGGGGACAGGCAGCCCGCAGGCAGCCUGGCCCCCUGCCAGCUGCCUUGUCCCUGGAGUCAGGGCAUCCGGCAGCAGCCCCCCGAGAUCACGGAUCCCCCACCUUUCGGGACAGGGCAGGGACCCUGUGCCCUGCUUGCCACACCGCUGCCUGCCGGCACCACUGGCAGCCGGCACUGACCCCUGAGAAGGGACACGGGGCUGGGAUACAGUCAGGCAGUGGGGACAGAUCCUUCCCCACUGGGUGUUGGGGAGCUGCAGGUGCCGCUGCAGGGCUGCUCCCUGCCUGGGGGCUGCUCCCUGCCGGGGCUGACGCGCGGCUCUCCCGGUGCAGGCAUGGCUGCGGCUCUACGGGUACCUGCCGCAGCCCAGCCGCCGGAUGUCCACCAUGCGCUCGGCUCAGACCUUCUCCGCCGCGCUUGCUGAGAUGCAGAAGUUCUACGGCAUCACUGUCACCGGCGUCCUGGACGAAGAGACCAAGGCGUGGAUGAAGCGUCCCCGCUGUGGGGUCCCGGAUCAGUUUGGAGCACGGAUGAAGUCCAACAUGCGUCGGAAGCGAUACGCGCUGACAGGGCGGCGCUGGAGCCAGAACCACCUCACCUUCAGCAUCCAAAACUACACGGAGAAGCUGGGUCGGUACCACUCGUACGAGGCUGUCCGACGAGCUUUCCGGGUGUGGGAGCAAGCCACGCCGCUGGUUUUCCGGGAGGUGGCCUACGAGGACAUCCGGCAGAAGAGGAAGAAGGAGGCUGACAUCAUGGUGCUCUUUGCCUCUGGAUUCCAUGGAGACAGCUCUCCCUUUGAUGGCCUUGGGGGAUUUUUGGCUCAUGCCUAUUUUCCUGGCCCUGGCAUGGGAGGUGACACGCAUUUCGACUUGGAUGAGCCUUGGACACUGGAGAAUGCAGAUGUGUCUGGGAACAACCUUUUCCUGGUGGCCGUGCAUGAGCUGGGGCACUCGCUGGGCUUGGAGCACUCCAGCAAUCCCAGCGCUAUCAUGGCCCCCUUCUACCAGUGGAUGGACACGGAGAACUUCCAGCUGCCUGAGGAUGACCUCAAGGGCAUCCAGCAGCUGUACGGUACCGCAGAUGGGCACCCUCAGCCCACCAAGCCUUUGCCCACCGUGACGCCCCGGAGACCUGGCAAGCCAGACCAGAGACCCCCUAAACCUCCCCCUCCGGGGAAACCAGAGCGACCACCCAAACCUGGCAGCCCAGACCGACCUGACCAGUAUGGCCCUGACAUCUGCGAUGGAGACUUCGACACGGUGGCGGUGCUGCGUGGGGAGAUGUUUGUAUUCAAGGGCCGGUGGUUCUGGAGGGUCCGCCACAACCGGGUGCUGGACAAUUACCCCAUGCCCAUCGGACACUUCUGGCGGGGCCUCCCUGGGGACAUCGAUGCUGCCUAUGAGAGGCAUGAUGGGAGGUUCGUCUUCUUUAAAGGUGACCGGUACUGGCUCUUCCGAGAAGCCAACCUGGAGCCUGGGUACCCACAGCCCCUGGUCACCUAUGGGCAGGGCAUCCCCUACGACAGCAUUGACACGGCCAUCUGGUGGGAACCCACAGGACACACCUUCUUCUUCCGUGGGGACAGAUACUGGCGCUUUAAUGAGGACACACGCUCGGUGGACCCUGGGUACCCAAAGCCCAUCUCUGUCUGGGUGGGCAUCCCUCCCUCGCCCAAGGGAGCCUUCCUCAGCCCGGAUGCCUCCUCCACCUACUUUUACAGAGGCACAAAGUACUGGAAGUUUGACAAUGAGCGUCUCAGGACAGAGCCAGGCUAUCCCAAAUCCAUCUUACGGGACUUCAUGGGUUGUCACACGGAGCUGGUCCCAGACCCCAAUCCCCGCUGGCCUGAUGUGGACCGACCCCCCUUCAACCCUGAUGGGGAUGGGGGGACUGAAGGUGAGGAGGAGCAGGAGGAAGAGGAAGAUGAGGAUUACAACGAGGGAGAUGGCCAGCCAGGCAGGGACGUGGACGUGGUGGUGCAGAUUGAUGAGUACACACGCACCAUGAGCGUGGUCAUGGUGCUGGUGCUGCUGGUGCUGCUGCUCUGCAUCCUGGGCCUCAUCUACGUCAUCGUCCAGAUGCAGAGGAAGGGCGCACCCCGAAUGCUCUUGUACUGCAAGCGCUCCUUGCAGGAGUGGGUUUGAACUUGGCUCCCUCCCCCCACUGCUCCCACCACCAUGGUGCUAAGAUGGACCUGACACCCCCUCCCCUUGACCCUCACCACAGCCUCGGCCUCUCUGCCCCAUUGUUGCUUGAUGGCUCCAACCUCAGAAAAAGGGGAGAUGCCCAAACCCCCAGCCCCUCCAGAGCAGCCGGGCUGGGACCGGGGAUCAUCAUGGGGGGGCUGGAGGGCAUCCAGGCCCUGCCUGCUCCCCAGUGCCUGUGCGUCCCCCUAGCUGUGACCCUCAGGCUGCCAUCCAUCACGUGCCUGCAUCUGCCAUGGGUCCCUGCAGGGUCCCUUCCUCUUGUGUGAGCCUGCUGCAGCUCGGGUGGUGAGUGGGCUGGGGGCUGCUCACAACUGCUGUGGGCUGGCAGGUCUCAGCUGCUGGCACCUGCAGUAGUGGGGAAGGGAGGGCUGAGCUCAUGGCUGUGUUUCCUGUUGAACCACGGGGAUACAGGGAUGUGGUGCCUACAGACAGUGUGAGUUGGGAGAUGCCACCUCUGCAGCCCUGCUGUGGCUCAGCUCAGUUCGGGCCCUGCUGCUGCCACCGUGGGACGAAGCCCUGGGGCACAUGGUCCUGUGGGCAGGGCAGUGGGCACGGCCGCCUUGUA